AUGGUAACCUUUGUUCGUACAGGUCUUGAUUACCUGUGGGACUGCGUCCUUCAAGUUAAUGACAGCAUAUCCUCCAAACCCAUUGAACUCAUGAAGGAUAUAUUCACUAACCUCUCCUCCAAACUACCUCAGGAACAAAUCCACCAGGAGUUCAUCAGUGUGUGUAUGCAGAGAAUGGAUAUCAUUAAUAAAGUAUUGUACCAGUAUAAGCCUCAUGAACUAGUGACUGAGGCUUCUGAUCAAGUUAAUAAGCUUGUUAGGUGUUUAAAGCUGCUGCUGGAGUAUAUUGUGGAGUGUGACAAUGAACACAUGGAGGAGAGAGGGAUACCACCUCAUGGGAAGUCCUAUUGGGGUAAGCCCCUCUCAUUAACCAUCAGAUAUUGUUCAACUCCAAACUCACAACCUGAGGACUUUGAUAUAUGGACCCAUCAUAAUGACACCAUAGCAUCACUGAGGAGACAGAUAGCAAGGAAAAUCAAUGUUCAUGAUUCCUCAAAGUUGGAGUUGGUCGUUGGGAAUGAGAUCAUUCGUAAAAAUGAGAACUACAGAUAUGUCAUUGCAGCCAGCAUACCUCUGAGGGAUAAAAUGGUUGUCACAGUGAGACUGCACCAGUACAGUAACAUCAGCGAGACCUCAAUGCAAUCUUCUGAUAAUUCAACUGAUUCAUCUGAUGCUUCCACUGGCCAGCAUGAUGGGCCUAACUUUGAUACUGAGAAGGUUCUACCAUCAGUCCUAAUGGCUGAUAAAGAUGACUAUAUUGAUUUCUUGCUUCGAUUGUGUGAUUUUGCUGUUGAGCGUCAGCUAGUGAUCCUGAGAGAUAACGUUAGGAGUUUAUUGAAAUUACUACCCACAGGUAUUAGGUUACUUAAGGAGAUGUUGAUAUUUUGUAAGGAGAAAUCAACUGAAGAGGAUCGUUAUAAACAACUUGAAUCAUUUGUACUUUGUGGUAGCCCUUCAAAAACUGUAUACCUAAUUGAGAUUAUUCAUUCCAUGAUAAUGCCAUCAGUUGAUAAUCGUGAUAUUGAGAGCUCAGAGUUCCAGCAUAACUUCAUACUGUGUGGUGGACUGAAGCUAAUGUUUCAUGUACUCACUUCUAAUGACUGUCUCUCUAGAGCUGACAACACACUCAAGAGGUCAGCUUACCUCAGUUGUCUUAAAGUGUUAAAGUUACUCCUGGUAGCACAGGGCUACUCCUUCAUACUCUCAGUAUCACAAGAAAUAAAAUCAAACACUGAGGCAAUGAGAGGUCCCAGAUACAAGUCAGCAGUUGGUAUCCAAGAGGCUAUGAGCACCAUAGUAUCCACUGUUGAUACUAAACUAAAGACUGUGGCAACCAUACUGGCCAAAUCACUCUGUACCAAUUUGAUGAGUCCCCUACCUGAUGUUGAUGUCAUUGUUUCAUUACAAAUGUUGAUAUGGUCCAGUAUCAUUGGAGAUAUAUCAUUAAUGAAUAAACCUAAUGAGAUUCACAAGGAAUUUGAAAAGAGGUGUGUAUCGGGUCCAUUGGAUUCAGAGGUGCUCCAGUUGAUAAGAGAAGGACUGGAGACCCUCUCCCUCUCAAUGGCAGUCUCUAACACUAUACUGGACACCCACCACACCACUGAGCCAUGGAAACAAUUCAUCAUUGAUAUUGUACUCACUGCCAGGAACAGGUUAAUAAGGAUGACAGCUCAGGAUCAGUUGUUCAAUAUAAUCACUAAAUGUUGCACUGACUCGGUCCCAGUAUUGAUCAGCACUAUCAAACUACUCUUCAACGCUUUAGAGACUAUAGUUAGUGAUCAUUCUUCAACAUCAAACGAAUUCUUCAGAUUAUUAGCAAGGUUAAUUAACCACGCCCACUGUCACCAGGUAUCAGUUGAUGGUAUUCAGAAGUUGUUGGAUAUUGAACUGAAGUGGCUGGAGGGAGUGAGAGUUAAUUCCUUGUCCAGUCAGUCUGUGGUGGUGGAGGGUCCAUUAUUGGAAGGUCAUUUGAAUCUUAUUGUGGAGCUGCUGACGUUUUCCUCAAUUGAAGAGAGACACAGUUUAGGGAGUAAACCAGGGGGAAUGAACCUCAUACCUAACCUCAUCAAUCAUUUCUUGUUUCCUGCAUCAAGAUUAGUGAAGAAACUAAAGACUACACCUGAUCUACAGUACAAUGAUGAGUUAGCCAGUGGUAUAUGCUCCAGUCCUGACAGUAUUCAAGCUUGUUAUAAACUAUUGAAUGCACUGUGUGUUGGAGUGAAGGAGAACAUUGAAAUACUCAGUGAACUAAUCUCUGAUAUAUUCUACAAUGAUGAGCUUCCAUUGGUGGAGUGGGAGUAUUAUCCUCACGUUGGUCCUCGACCCACUAGAGGGUAUGUGGGACUGAAGAAUGCUGGAGCUACCUGCUAUAUGAACGCUGUACUACAACAAUUGUACAUGAUCUCUCCGGUCAGAAAUGGUGUCCUCUCGCUAUCAGAGCCAGCAGUCCAGUUGAUUAACGAAACUGACAAAACAGAACAAGACAAUAAAGGAAAAUCAGUAGAUGGUCCACUGGUCCCUGCUAGUACUGACCGGAAGGAGACGCACAUUAAGGUACUGAUGCAACUACAGACCAUAUUUGGACAUCUACUGGAAGGGAAGGUUCAAUUUUAUGUACCCAAAGGAUUCUGGAAGGACUUCAGGUUGGAGGGUCAACAGGUUAAUCUGAGAGAGCAGCAUGAUGCCUUUGAGUUCUUCAAUACUCUAGUGGACAGUGUAGACGAGGGACUCAAGGCUUAUAAUGCCACACCAAUCAUCAGUAAAGUACUGGGAGGAUCCUUCGCUGAUCAGAAAAUAUGUAAAGGAUGUCCUCACAGGUAG